AUGAAGGACAGCUAUGAGAGCAAGCAGGGUUUCGAAAAUAGGUUCAGUACGAUUGACCACAUGCACACCGUUUCGAAACUCAUCGAGGUAUCACGAGAGUACAAGAUACCGCUCUGGUUCACAUUCAUUGACUUGAAGAAAGCCUUCGAUACAGUCGAGACGGAAGCGGUUGAGGCUUUGGACAACCAAGGCGCCUCUACUCCGUACAUAAAGAUACUUCGUGAAUUGUAUACCAAGAUGUUCGUGAGGAACGGAUUGGUUUCUGAUGCUCCUUUCACGCCCAACGGGACGAAUAUAUCGGAUAUCUCCAGCUAUGCAUAUCUAGGCCGGGAAAUAAACAUGAUGACCUGA